CUGUGGUGAGGAGUCGCAGACUUCAGCAACCUCCGUAGGAAGUCCUUCCUCGAUAAAGAAAAACUGAAGGGAGUGCGGAAGUGAAACACAAGUUGGCCACACAAAGGACGCGCGAACGGUAUAAACACAGCACAUUAAAUCAACCACCCGAGAUUUAGCUACAGUAUAUACAGUAUGGCCACCACAGACACGGUGUACAAUGUCACAACAACAGCGCAGGAGCCCAAAUCCAGAAAAUGGAUCAUCGUGCCUUCAGAGAACUUGGACAAAGUUAGAUUCGUGAUCAAAGUGAUUCAAGUGCUUCUUUCCUUUGUGGCUUUUGUGAUGGAGGAGGUCGUGACCAACUGUUCGCAAUGUGGACCACUCUACUUUUUUGAAUUUGUCAGUUGCACAGCCUUCCUCUUCACACUGCUGCUCCUCAUCCUCCUGGCCACACCGCUCCACCAGAGAGUUGGAAUUAACAGCUGGCCUAUUCUGGAUUUUGGAUACACAUUAGCCAUAGCAAUCCUGUUUCUCCUUGCCAGCAUUGUGUUUGCGGCAGACAAUGGUCAGACGGGUGUGGAGCAGGGCGCAGUGGCAUUUGGCUUCCUGGCCACAGUGGCCUUCUUUAUUGACUUCGGUUUGUUCGUGAAAAACCGUGGUAAUCCUUGCCGAAAGGGAAACAACCAACAAGCAGACAACAUACCCAGACCAGAGAGUGAGAAACUUAAUGCUAAUGGAACUGACUCGGUGAACUGAAACAUUUUACCAGCAGUCUGCUGCCGUAUUCAAAAGCUUUUUCCCAUUUGACCAACAAUUGUUUUAUACAUGAGAAACGUUUUUACCCAAAGCAAAAAAAUUCCUAAUAUUUCCAUUUCAGUCAGUUACUAACUGGCAUGUUUUAUAUUGUGCCUGAAUUAUUUUUAUAUUUUUCAUAAGUCGUAAUUUUACAAGUAGACAACAUUCUUACAUGGCGAUUUCUCUGUGUGGGGAUCGUUUUAUUUUCACACAGAUAUCCUUUUGUAAAGCAAACAAAAAAUAUUUUGGCCAUACAGAGUAUACUUUUGUAUGAUUACACAAAAAAAAUGAAUUAUGAAUUAACAAGUACAAAAACAUGCACUGUAUUUCUUGAAGUACUCAUUCCUGAUUGUUUUUAUAGUUAUAUAUGCAUUCCUGAAAUAAUUUAUUUUGGAGAAAAAUCAGGGUUUGAUCAUGUUGACAAUAACGAUUUAUUAUUGAUUUACGGCACAGGAAUAUGAAUAUAAUAUUGGAUAAGAAGCUAAAAAAAUCAUGAAUUUUUUUUUUUUAACACUUGCACUGUAUACACAAAUGUCAUUAAAUUACUGUAAAGAUGUUUAGUGAGCUGUUGAAAUGAAUGAGGCGACGGCAAGAUGAAGAUGUUAUGGCCCUGUGAUUAUAAUAUUUUGCUGUGCAAGGGACGUCAGGGGUGUACAGUCAUAGUUUUUGUUUUCCCUUUUAUUGAAACGUCAUUUUUGUAUUGUGUGGAACUAGAAAUGUUGUAUAUUUUUUUUUUUGUGCUUUAUCUUGUUCCAUGUGAGCCCAGAUCGUGUUUUUGAGAGAAACGUUAAAUCUAAUGGAAGUUUAAUACCUUGACAGAUAUUUGUCUUUAUUUGGAGGUAUGUGCGUUUAGGCCCAAAUGUGUUUGUUUAAAUGCCCUCGGAGAUGAACGGACUGCAAGUUUUCUGAGACACUAAUCUGCCUUACGCUUCUACCCUCCUGUGUUGUACAACUGACUGCUGCUUUCUGUGUUAAUUAAGCAUUGUGUAUAUUUUAAAUACUGAUAUAGUGUUGAUGCUUUUAAAAAAGCCACUGUCUUAAGAUAUGGAUCAGUCAUCUGCUAAGUUUAAUUAUUGCUAAGGAUUUUGUUGAUUUCUAAAAUGAAUAGUCUAGUGGGUCUGUUUGAAUACCGGCAUUGUUUCUACAAAAGGUCACAUGGAACAUUUUACAGCACUGUUUUUGUAAACAUCUCUCCAUUCCAGUUAAGCAAUAAAUAGCUCCUGGGCUCCGAAUAUCAGA